AUUAUUCCCCCCUCCAAAAGCGCUCAAUCUGUCGUUGACUCAUUCAGGAGUUUGAAAAAUCUCAUACCAGUUCCAGAAAAACGUGAAAAGGAGAUGAGCGGCGGAGGCGAGAAACCGGCGGCGAAACUCGGCGAUGAGCAGCUUGCGGAGCUCCGGGAGAUUUUCCGAUCAUUUGACCAGAAUAAGGACGGUAGCCUGACGGAGCUCGAGCUCGGGUCGCUUCUCAGAUCGCUAGGACUGAAACCGAGUCAAGAUCAACUCGACGCGUUGAUCCAGAAAGCCGAUCGGAACAACAACGGCAUGAUCGAGUUCUCGGAGUUCGUCGCGCUCGUGGAACCGGAUCUGGUGAAGUGUCCGUACACGCAGGAGCAAUUGCGUGCAAUUUUCAGGAUGUUCGAUCGGGACGGGAACGGUUACAUAACGGCGGCGGAGCUGGCGCACUCAAUGGCGAAGCUAGGGCACGCGUUGACUGCGGAGGAGCUGACGGGGAUGAUCAAGGAAGCCGAUAGAGACGGCGACGGGGGUAUUGAUUUCGAGGAGUUCGCUCAGGCGAUUACAGCCGCAGCUUUCGACAAUGUUUGGGGAUGAAUUCAGCAGGCACAUAAGAUUUCUGAGGGAAGAAGAGUGCGACCUGUCUAUGGCGUACUCCAUUUCCCGUGACAGAUUCCGGGAUAGCUUAUGUUCCGCCAAUGCAGA